GGAGCAGCAGCACGGCCAGGUGGACUGGGGACAGCAAGGAGUCAUCAUGUCAGGUAGUCCUGGAGCAUGGUCCUAGGGCUCAGGUCCUCUGAGAGAGAGAAGGAGAGAAUUAGAGAACGCACACUUAGAUUCACACAGGACACCGAAUUGGACAGGAGAAGUACUCCAGAUAUAACAAACUGACCCCAGCCCCCGACACAUAAACUACUGCAGCAUAAAUACUGGAGGCUGAGACAGGAGGGGUCAGGAGACACUGUGGCCCCAUCCGAGGACACCAAAAAAACAUCUGUGCUUAUGGACUGCACUGUGGUGGUUCUUUAAUGUUAUGGGACUUUUAUUUUGGCCGGACAGGGCCAAACAGGAAGGAUAUAACCCCACCCACUUUGCCAAAGCACAGCCCCCACACCACUAGAGGGAUAUCUUCAACCACCAACUACCAUCCUGAGACAAAGCUGAGUAUAGCCCGCAAAGAUCUCCGCCAUGGCACAACCCAAGGGGGGGCGCCAACCCAGACAGGAUGACCACAUCAGUGAAUCAACCCACUCAGAAAGCCACUCCAGCGGGGUGUGAGAACACCAUGUCAGGGUUCAAGGGCAGUAGGAGGCGGUGGGGACAGACGUCAGUGGAAGCAGCAGACACCUGGGAUGAGGUGGAUGACUCUGACCUGGGCAUCUCCUUCUCCAAGAAACCCAGCAUCGCCUCUCUCAGGGACAAACACCAGGAGAACGACAACUUCCGGUCUGCAGAGCCCAAGUCCAACACGUCAUCAGUGAAGCAGCACUAUCUGCACCAGUCCAGAUACCUCCCUGGCGUGAACCCUAAGACCAACAAGAGCAGCUUUCAGAGAAGCCAGCAGCAGCCUGGAAGGAGUGUGUGGGCCAACUCCUCUUUAACCAGGGCACAGGGAGCAGGACUGCGACUUACUAAAGAGUACGAGGGAUGGAAGACCAAGUCCAUGAAUCCUCAGAUCCCUGGAUCUUCUAGCCUCAACAGCAACAGUAGAGGGAAGAUCACCUCGUCCAGACCUCCUCCUAUCCAGCCUGUUCACGGACGGGUGGACUGGGCCACCAAGUACGGAGGAGGCCACCGGUAGCACAGCCCACUAUAGCCAUAUGACUGAUAAGAGUACCCAUUGACCCCACUAUAGCCAUAUGACUGAGAAGAGUACCCAUUGACCCCACUGUAGCUAGAUGACUGAGAAGAGUAGCCAUUGACCCCACUGUAGCCAUAUGACUGAGAAGAGUACCCAUUGACCCCACUGUAGCUAGAUGACUGAGAAGAGUAGCCAUUGACCCCACUGUAGCCAUAUGACUGAGAAGAGUACCCAUUGACCCCACUGUAGCCAUAUGACUGAGAAGAGUAGCCAUUGACCCCACUGUAGCCAGAUGACUGAGAAGAGUAGCCAUUGACCCCACUGUAGCCAUAUGGCUGAGAAGAGUAGCCAUUGACGGUGUACUUCCUGAAUUGAAAUGGAAUUGGCUCCGACCCUGGUGAGCAAUAGAACAGUCAGAACCGUUUCCCCCUAUUGAGAAUCAAUUCCGAGGAAGAUUUCAAUUUCCUGCAGAGCACCGUGAGCGGAGGGACACUCCAACUAGAGAGAAGAGGGACUAUUUCCUGCAGAGCACCGUGAGCGGAGGGACACUCCAACUAGAGAGAAGAGGGACUAUUUCCUGCAGAGCACUGUGAGCGGAGGGACACUCCAACUAGAGAGAAGAGGGACUGUUUCCUGCAGAGCACUGUGAGCGGAGGGACACUCCAACUAGAGAGAAGAGGGACUGUUUCCUGCAGAGCACUGUGAGCGGAGGGACACUCCAACUAGAGAGAAGAGGGACUGUUUCCUGCAGAGCACUGUGAGCGGAGGGACACUCCAACUAGAGAGAAGAGGGACUGUUUCCUGGCUGUGGUGUGUACACACAGCAUCAUUUUAGUCUGUUAGCCUGAGUCUCUGGCUGUAUCCUAAAUGGUACCCUCUUCCCUAUAGGGCUCUGGUCAUAGGUCGUGGACUAUAAAGGGUUCCAUUUGGGACUACAGGAUGUGAUGUCAACUGUAGCUAGCUAGCAUCUUUCCAGUCGGUGUACUGUACAAUAUUUCAGCAUUUCCUUCAAUACAUGUUCGUUAUUAUUUUUCUAGAUUUAGGUGAGAGUUGACUAAAAAUAAAAGUAUUAUUUUACAACUGAAGCAGCCAAUGAGUUCAAGUUAUCCAUACUUAUUUUCUGUGAGGUAACAUUUGUCUGUAUAUCAAAUAUAAGUUUUGUUCAUUAAAAUAAAGU